AUGUCGAAGGGCCCAGUGGCGAGCGGCCCCCCUGCGGCCGGGCCGGCGACCCCCGCCAGCGCGCUGCAGGCGCAGCCCGAGAAACCGCAGCACUACACUUACCUGAAGGAAUUCCGCACUGAGCAGUGCCCCCUUUUUGUGCAGCACAAAUGCACUCAGCACCGGCCCUAUACUUGCUUCCAUUGGCACUUUGUCAACCAGCGUCGUCGCAGAUCUAUCCGCCGUCGGGAUGGCACCUUUAACUACAGCCCUGACAUUUACUGUACCAAAUAUGAUGAGACCACAGGAAUCUGCCCAGAAGGAGAUGAGUGUCCAUUCUUGCAUAGAACUACUGGUGACACAGAGAGGAGAUAUCAUCUGCGCUACUACAAAACUGGAAUCUGCAUCCAUGAGACUGACUCCAAAGGAAAUUGCACAAAGAACGGCCUCCACUGCGCCUUUGCUCAUGGGCCUCAUGACCUACGUUCUCCUGUUUACGACAUCAGGGAGCUUCAGGCUAUGGAGGCUUUGCAGAAUGGUCAGACCACAUCAGAGGGUGGCAUAGAGGGUCAAUCUGCAGUCGCUGCUAGCCAUGCUAUGAUAGAGAAAAUACUCAGUGAGGAGCCAAGGUGGCAAGACACAACGUACGUGUUGGGAAACUACAAGACAGAGCAAUGCAAGAAACCCCCCCGUCUCUGUCGCCAAGGUUAUGCCUGUCCCUACUACCACAACAGCAAAGAUAGAAGAAGGAGCCCAAGAAAACACAAAUACAGAUCUUCACCAUGCCCCAGUGUGAAACAUGGAGACGAGUGGGGAGACCCCAGUAAGUGUGAGAAUGGGGACACAUGCCAGUACUGCCACACUCGCACAGAGCAGCAGUUUCACCCAGAGAUCUACAAAUCCACCAAGUGCAACGACAUGCAGCAGUCUGGCAGCUGUCCUCGGGGACCCUUCUGUGCCUUUGCACAUGUAGAACAGCCUCCACUCAAUGAAGAUUUACAGCCAUCCUCAGCUGUAUCCAGCCCAACGCAAACAGGCCCUGUGAUGUAUAUGCCAUCAGCUGCUGGUGAUUCUGUUCCAGUGAGCCCUUCCAGUCCACAUGCCCCGGACCUUAGCAAUAUUCUUUGUAGGAACAGCAGUCUCGGAAGUCCAUCUAAUAUAUGUGGGUCCCCUCCUGGUGCCAUUGGGAAACAACACAGCUUGGAGAGCAUUGGUUUUCCCACAGACUCAGUAACAGCAGCCAGCAGCUACAAGAAGGCACCAGGGUUUGAGCGGGAGGAUCAGGUGGGAGCUGAGUAUCUGAAGAGCUUCAAAUGCCAGGCGAAAAUAAAAUCCCAUUCACUGGAAUACAGGACCCAGGAGCAGCCUCUGUUACAGCCCAAACAGGACAUACUGGGGAUUCUUCCAGUGGGCAGCCCUUUGACUUCCAGCAUCUCUUCCAGUAUCACCUCCAGUCUGGCAGCAACACCACCAAGCCCAGCUGGCACCAGCAGCAUCCCAGGCAUGAACGCCAAUGCCCUUCCUUUCUACCCUACCAGUGACACAGUGGAGUCUGUUAUAGAAUCUGCCUUGGAUGACCUGGACCUGAACGAAUUCGGAGUGGCUGCCCUGGAGAAGACAUUUGACAGCAGCACGGUGCCCCACACGAGUGGCAUCAUGAUAGGUGGGAGUUUGCUGCAAAGUUCUGCUCCUGUAAAUAUCCCUGGGUCCCUUGGAAGUUCCGCCUCUUUUCACUCUGCCUCUCCUUCUCCACCGGUCAGCCUAUCAUCGCAUUUCCUCCAUCAGCCCCAGGGACACUUAAGCCAAUCAGAAAACACAUUCUUGGGGACAUCAGCUUCUCAUGGAUCAUUAGGUUUAAAUGGGAUGAACAGCAGCAUAUGGGAGCACAUUGCUUCUGGGAGUUUUUCGCCCAGUACCUCACCUGCGUUUCUGUCAGGUCCAGGUGCUGCUGAGCUGACGAGACUGCGACAAGAACUGGAUGAAGCCAACAGCACAAUUAAGCAGUGGGAGGAGUCCUGGAAACAAGCCAAACAGGCAUGUGAUGCUUGGAAGAAGGAAGCAGAGGAAGCGAACGAUCGUGCCAGCACAGCCAACAUGGAAUGUGAGCUGGCCCGGGAGCAGAGGGAAGCCCUGGAGCUGCAAGUGAAGAAACUCCAGGAGGAGCUGGAGAGGAUCCAUGCUGGCCAGGACCCGCAGCUCCUGCGCUCAUUCUCUGAUCUAGAGACCCUCUCACUCUCCACACUGUACACCCUACAGAAACAGCUGCGCGCCAACCUGGAGAGAGUUGACAAGGCAGUAUUUCAGAUGCAAUCAGUGAAAUGUCUUAAGUGUCAGGAGGAGAACCGGGUGGUGUUACAGUGCCAACAUGCCGUGCUGUGUGAAAUGUGUGCCGAGGAGGGCGAAUGCCCCAUCUGCCAUCCCAACAGGCCACACACUCUCCAAUCGUGACCCUUCAAGGACACUUGGUUUCUCAUAUCACAUAGAACUUUUUAACUUUAUAUAUAUAUAUAUAUAUAAAAAACAAAAAUUAGUUGCAGAGCACUUUUUAAUAUUUUACAUCCCCCAUCUAAACUGCCCCUCUCCCACUCCCCACUAAUUCUAACCGUUUAGGAACUUUGAGAGCUGUUUUUAAUACAGCGCAAAGGGCCAUUUGCGAAGAGUCUGUGUUUUUCCUCUUUUCUAUUUAGGAUAUAACAAAUUUUUGACUAUUUUGGGAGUUUUGGAGUUGGGGAGAGGGGCCUCCAGGUGCUUUCCAGAGUGAGGGUUGGACUCAUGGCGGAGGAAGGAGAUGAAUUCCCAUUGCUUGAUCAUGUCUUCAAACCUUUACUCUUUUACCGACCCAGCUUGUUAAAGCCAUCCCCACUGACAGAAGCCCUGUUGGGUGUCUGCUGGGUUAGAGCUUUGCUCGCUCAGAUGCUUGCUGAUCUCUGAAUACACAAGAACUUUGCCUGUCCAUUUAAACAACAAAGUUCACUUUUUAGAAGUUUUUUUUACACAAUUUGUAUAUUUGUAAGAAAACAAGAAAAGGGAAAAAAUACUGAAUUUAAAGCAACUCAGGCCAGGCCAGGCCAGUGGCUAGUGUACAUUGUAGGUAUGCUUGGGGGUCCUGGGUUUGAGAGUCCUUAGAAAUACUGCCCAGACGGCAAGCUAAGGCUAAUCCAUAGAAGGAAGGUGGAACCACAGGUUCCGUCUCUCCCCCUGGUGGCGUCUUGUCGAGAUGUAUUUCAGCUUCAGGUCGGAUGGUAGUCUGGGGACUUGCUUCGUAAUUGCUGAUGCAUGUGGAAGAGAUUCCAGUUGGUGAGUGAGAAUGUCAGGUUGGGAGAUGAGCUGUGAGGUGAUGACCCUACUUGAACUGGCCAGAUAUUUCCUGUGUCACUGCCUCAAGGAUAACAGGGUUCCCACAGCUCUGUGCUCUC